UCAAAAUAAUGUUUUUAAAAUGUAUAUCAAAACACCCAUUAAAGCAGACAUGAUCAUUCAUCAGUUUGCCGGUUUCAAGAGCAAUCUCACAGAGGGCUUCCUUCAUUUAUGUAGUAAAAUAUUCUCAGACCAACUCGGUAUCCUUCUGGACUGACUCGACCCCUGUGACAGCCGUCGACGCCUACCCCCGUGUCAGUGCGCGCCCGGGUCAACGUCAGUAUUUGGACUGCCACUCUGAAGAUGGCGGAGGCUGCGACGGUUCCCCGGCAGCGUUUCUACUGUCACUGCUGUAAAAGUGAAAUCGAUCCUAAACUCCCGGAGUUUGUUUGUCCCACGUGUGAGUCUGGAUUUAUCGAGGAAGUGACGGAGGGGUCAAGUCUCUUGGCAACUGGAGACACCACUGAAGCCAACGAUGAUGAUGAUGUCGGCUCCCAGUUUACAGAGCUGUGGCAGCUGCUCUUCAUGGAGCGCUCUGCCCUCCUCAACGACCCCACAAGUGCUGAGCUGCUCCCCAGCAGAGAGGAGGGUGCUCUGGAGGGAGCCGGCCAGGGGACCCAGGCAGAGACAUCAUCACUCUCCGCAGCACCCACAGAAGUAGAGCCUCUGGCUCAGCAGGACGCGGACAUGCAGCAGAGGUCACGGGCCCGGCCGGAGAGGGCGCCGGCGAUGGAAGGGAUUGUACAGCAGUUUCUGGCUGGUUUGUUUGCCAACAACGGAAACCCAAGUUCUGCAACAUCUUCAUGGUCUCUGCACUCAAACCCAGGGGACUACGCAUGGGGUCAGGGUGGCUUAGAUACUGUCAUUACACAGUUGUUAGGUCAAUUAGAGAACACGGGCCCUCCGCCUGCCGAGAAAGAGAUGAUCUCAUCGCUCCCUACCGUAGCUGUUUCUCAGGAACAGGCUGCGUGCCGACUUGAGUGCCCGGUGUGCCGGGAGGAGUACGCGGCUGACGAGAACGUCCGGCAGCUGCCCUGCCUGCACUAUUUCCAUAGCGACUGCAUUGUGCCGUGGUUACAGAUGCACGACACAUGUCCAGUAUGCCGUAAGAGUCUGAACGGGGAAGACUACAGUUUACUGCCAGAGCCCCUUGCCCAGGUCCCAGAGCCUAGCCCUGUCGCUGCUGAACCCCAGGGAGGGACAGCCCUUUGAGGGAAGCCCUGCUGCCUUCCUGCCUGCCAUCUCCAGACGUGCUCUAGGCGAAUGUGCUCCAAGUAUUUAAAACACUUUUCAAAAAGUUUGCACAUUUGGGUAUCCCAAAGUUUUUUUCCCCCCCCUUUCUUCCCAUUUAUCGUAUUCACUCAGCACAGUAGAUGACAACACUUCAAAAAUGAAAUGUUUUGACAGAACUCCAGGAACACAUAAAAUUCCAGAGAGCGGUAUGCUUCUGUUCUCCGUGCUUCCUCGCCAUUCAGUCUUUGUGCCGCCCUCCUUUUUGAGGUCUGUGUGUAGCCGAGCAGAUGGACCUACGCUCAUCCUUGCCUUUCUCUCCCUCUUUUCCUCUCUCCCUCUCUCUCCACCCCUCUAUCUACCCCUCUAUCUACCCCCAACUCCCAGGAGACCCAUCUUUAUGGAUCUCUGCUUUUUUUAAAUUCCUCUGCAUCUCCACAAGAACUUCUGUAGACUACUGAAUGUGCAAACAGUUAACAGGGAGUUAACAUUUUUUUUAUUAUUUCAGUGCCAAAAAAAGGACAAGGGUAUAUUAUACACUUUGUUAUUGAGUUGUGAGAGAAAUGUGGGACAGAUCACUGUGCAGUGUUGUUUUCCCCCCCUAUUUUAGUGUGGCUCUGUGCUUCCCAUUCUGACUGGUUCUCUCAGGUUUAUGAACUGAGCUAGGCUUGGAUCAGCCUCUCUGAACGCCGCUCAAGUUUGGGGUUCCGCCCCGUUGGCACCUCACCAUGGAGACCACCGCUCUCUCUUCAUGGCUCCUCUUUUGUUGUUGUUGUUGUUGUUUUUGAUGUGUUGAUGCAUUAUUUUGUUUUUCUCUGUGACUUUUACUGUCCCUGUAACUGCAGUAUAAGUGAUUGUUUACUUUACCUGGUGCAUCUGUGUGUUUAAGGUAAUCUUGAGAGGAUAUGACUUAUUUUAAUGUCCCAUGAAUUUGGGCGUUUUCUUCAAAGCAUUGUGAUUCUAUCAUCUGUUUUAUUAGCUCUCUCCUCCCGAUAACACUCACCACCUUUAUAUCACUACCAUCAGUCUUUUUUGGCUCUGUCAUUCUUCAAGCUCCUAAAGAUGGGUCACUUAAAGUAUUUCUCAUCCAUCUCAGUGUCAUCUCUAAGCUGGUGGUAUAGCAGCGAGUGGAUAGCCCUUUGUUCCACUAGCCUAGGCUACUGAAAAUGCUCACUUUGGGUCUAGUUAGUUAGGUCCAGUGUCACUGAUCUUAAGGAAAAUACUUGUAAUUGUAGACCUAUAAAUGCAUAAAAGUGCAAAAAAGUGUCUUUAUAGUAGGGGUCAUGGUGGAAUUCUUACUGUAUGUUAAGUCAAUUAAUGGACAACACAAGACAUUUCAACACUGGAAUUAUUGCCUAGUGUGAACGGUUUUUUUCUAUUUGUAUAUACAUGUAUAUGUAUUUAUGUCUAUGUACACGUAUAUAUAGGUAUAAUAAUAAUGCAAUUAAUAAGAUCAAAUAUCUGACACUAAAUUGACCAAAAAAUAAAAGAUAAACAAGUAGGCACAGUGA